GGCGUGCGCCAGUUCAAAAAAAGUGCACUAUGUAUCUGAAAAUUUGUGGGAUGUCAUAGAUGUUACAUUUGAGAUUACUAUUAGUAUAGAUAAAGAUAAGUAAUAUUCAAAAGAUGUCAUCUACCACAAAAAGCAGUAAGAAGUCUGUGCUUCCGCCAAUCAAUCUUAUAUUUAAAUAUUUACAACAACAAUCCCCUGUCACUAUUUGGUUAUAUGAACAAACUCAGCUGAGAAUACAGGGUAAAAUAAGAGGGUUUGAUGAAUUUAUGAAUAUUGUUAUAGAUGAUGCCGUUGAAGUGUCGACUGAAGAUGGAUCUAAAGAACUUUUAGGUAGAAUACUAUUAAAAGGUGAUAAUAUUACCUUAAUUUCCAGUCAUGAUGUGUAAUAAGUUUGAAUUUAUUCACUCCCCCUCCCACUUGUAU